AUGGGUACUUUAAUUGAUGAUACAAAUGGAUUGACAAAUACCCCAAUUUUGGCGUCAAAAAAUAAUGUUGCAAAGUUUCAACCCUCACUAAAUGAAAAUGAACCUACCACCACAACCACCACCACAACCAUAUCGAGAGAAUCUACAAUUGAUAAAGUAAAUGUACCAGAAGAAAACACCUCAUUGAUCAUUAGUCAAGAGGAUCUUUAUUCAACCAUUGAUGAUGAUGGCGACAACGAUAAUGAAUCAAAUUCUUUAACCGCUGAUACUGAAGACCACAACAAACUCAACCUGAAAUCAGACUCUUAUACUUCUUAUAUUGAACAUGAAUUAGAUCUACCCCAAUUUGAAAGAACAAUAUUUCAACAUCAUGAUAUUCAAAUCAAUGUCCCGGAUUCCAAACAUAGUUUAGAGGCCACAGAAACUGAUAUGGAAAUUUCUGAAAUUUUGCAAUUACCUAAAUCAUAUUUUGCUUAUCCAACUACAACUACAUCAGAAUUUAAACAUACAAAUAUAACAACAACAACAACAAACUUGCCAGAUCCAGAAGUUGUUGCCGCUGCUGCUACUGCUGCAAAAUCUGAAGAAAAGGAAGAAAACACAAUCCCACCACCAUCACCACCUCAACAACAACAACAACUAAUACCUUCUUCAGGUGCCACUGAACAGAAAGUUAAUCCAGUGAGUCAAGCAUUAAAAAUGAAUACUAGUAUCAAGAAAUUAAAAUUGGCAACAUCUAAUAAUAUUGAUGGAGCCACUCCACUUAUUAUCAAUAGUCCUACUGUAAAUGAAAUCAAAUUACCAACAAAUAAUUCUUGGGUUUUACAAGAUUAUGAACAAUUAUUUGGAACCAAGAAAUUCCAUAAAGAAAUUGAAUUGGCAAAAUCUUUACGGUUUGCUGAUACUACAAAUAGUGUUUGUUCUGAUCUUAAACAUGAAAAAUUGAUUUAUAUUUCAACUAGAAUAAUCAAUCCAGGGAAAAUCUUAUCAUUUUAUUUAAAACAUCCACCACUACCACCACCACCUUCCUCUUCUACUACUACUACUACUACUACUACUAACACCAAAAGAGAUUUAUACAUUGAUUUGAUAAUGAAUAAUAAUGGCUGUAAUAUAUUGUUACAAUUGAUAAAAUAUAUUCAUGAGAAUGAAACUUUAGUGGAGAGUUCAAUUGAUUCAGUUCAUGUUAGAAUUCUGGCAUUUUAUGUUCAUCAAAUUAAAGUAUUUCUUAAUUUAAUUACUGAAGUGAUGAAAAUUUAUCAAAAAAUUAAAACUUUAGGAUUAUUUGUUCGUAUUCAUCAAUAUGAAAAUGGAUAUGUUUUAGGUGCUCCACAAGAGGGGAAAGUUAAACUCCCUCAAAAGUUAGAGAAAUUAUAUUUAGCCAAUGAAUUGAAAUUGGAUGAAUUUUUCCAUUUACCAGCUUCAAUAAAAGCACUUGGGUUACAUAAUACCAAUUUAUCAAGUUUAAGUAAAUUCAAUUUAUGUAAAAAUUUGGAAAGUCUUCAUAUUAGUGGUGAAACAAUAAAUCAAACUAAUCGAUUAGAAACAUUUCCUAAAGGGUUUUACCUUUUGAAAAAUAUCAAAUUUGAAGCAUCAACAAUUGUUAAUUUUAAUUUUGAAAAAUUUAUUCAUUUAACAUCUUUAAGUUUACUGAAUAUUGAUUUUGCUCAAUCAAGACAAUUGGAAUUCCCCUUGGGGUUAAAAAAAUUGGAAUUUAUUGAUUGUUCUAUUUCAUCUCAUAUACUGGCAUUCCCGGAUUCUUUAAGAGUAUUGGUGAUUACACGAGGUAAAUGGAGCACCAAAAGAAAUGCCAAUAUUUCUCGAUUGCAAAAAUUAAUAGUAUAUGAAGUUCAAAUUAAAGAUUUAACUGAAAAAAUAAACAGUUGUUUUGGAUUAUUUCAUCUUGAAGUGAUCAAUUGCAAUUUAAAUAAUGUUGAGACAUUAAAGUUUUCCAAAAAUUUAGUAUAUUUGAAAUUUAUUAAUGUUAGUCUAGUUGGCGUUAAGUUCCCAAUGUUCCCACAAUCAUUGGAAGUGAUUAAUAUUGAACGGAACGGAAUUCUGCAAUGUGAAUUGAAUUGCAAUUGCAAUUGCAAUAGCAAAUUGAAAACAUUAAGAAUUGCUCAUAAUGAUUUAACUGAUGAGUUUGAUAUUAGUAGUCAACCGGUUCAUGAUGUUAAUUUAGAAGGUAAUAACAAUUUAACUUUAGUGCUACUACAUGAUAAAACCAAAAUAUUAAAUGUGUCGAAUACAAAUAUUCAACAUAUUAUUGGCAAUGGUCUUACUAAACUUGUAUUAAAUGGAUGCAACAACAACAACAACAACAACAACAACAAAAUUGAUUGGAAAUCAUUUAAAUUAUCACAAUUUGUUACCCAAUUAAGUCUUCAAAAUUGUCAACUUGAAACUUUUGAAUUUGAAUCUAAUCAAGAAGGAAUUGAAUUAAAACAUCUUAAAGUAUUGGAUUUAUCGAAAAAUAAACUACACCUGAUAAAUUUGGUUGAAUAUGAGAAUUUAGAAGAUGUUGAAUUAUCAAAUAAUGAAUUGAAAAAACUUUCCAAUGACAAUUUCCCAUUGAAUAUCAAAUCAAUUAAUGCAGAGAAAAACCAGAUUCAAAAAGUUGAUUUACAAGAAUUAUAUAACUUGAUAUGGUUACAAGUUUCUGAAAAUAAAUUGAAUGGAAUUGAACAAAUUCAAAUUCCUAAUAGUUUAAACACAUUAAUUUUAAAUGGUAAUAUUUUCAAUGAAAUUAAUGAUGCAAAUUUUAAAUUAUCGGAAAAUUUACGACAUUUGGAAUUGAAUAAAUGUAAAAUUUCCAAAUUUAAUUUAACUUUAAAUGAAAAAUUAAUGUCGUGUAGUUUAAAUGGGAAUAAAUUACAUACCAAAAAUUUCCAUAUUAAAUUUAUUCAAUCACCGCUGCCGUCGUCGUCGUCGUCGCCGUCGCCAUCUUUGGUGGAAGUGUCAACAAGUGGUUUAAAGUUUCUUGAUUUAGGUAGUAAUUUUUUCAAAACAUUUGAUUUUAAUAUGAUUAAAGGGAUUGAAUUAUCAGAAAUAAAUUUAGCUAAUAAUAUGUUUGAUGAAAUACCAGAAUCAAUACCAGAUAAUAUAUUAUCUGCCAUAAUGUUUAAAGUUGAUUAA